CCAAACACAGAGUCAAAAUUACAACACAAGAAAGAAAAGAAAAAUGGCUAAGCUUAUCACCACACUUUUCACCAUAGCUCUCCUCCUGAGCUUUCAACUCAGCCUUGCUGCUCGUCCAGACCCUGCUUUCACCAACGCCGCCCUGAAAACCCAACAACAAGACAAAGAAGCAGAGGCCAUUGCUGUUGAGGAUGGUGGGGAGAUCAGCUGCGCAGGGUUAGAGAUGGAGGAGUGCCUCAUGAGAAGGACUCUUGCGGCUCAUGUGGAUUAUAUUUACACACAAAAGCACAAACCAUGAACUUCUCUGUAUCUCUGUUGUGUAACCAAUCAAUUAUGUCUAUUUUUUUCUUUUCUAAUGGUGAAAGGCCAUGCAAUAAGACAUCUGUUGUUACAAAUACAUCAUGUUGAUGACAAUUAAUAAGAAAAAAUAAUACGUUCUCUGUGUUAUUUUUGCCAUGGGAACUUCAGA